AGGGGUUACUAUAGGAUAGAUUGUUCUAGCCUUAUCAGAGAUACAGUGGUUAACCUCAGCUAAUCUCUGGACUCUUGGGUUGAGCAAGACAGACAGAGAAAGAGUGACAGGUUAGCAAAAAAAGAGAGAUAGAAGCCGGAGAGGAAAGGAAAGAGAACAAAAAAAAAGAGAAGUGAGAAGGAAAAAGCAGAACAGGGACAAACAUCUAAACGGGGGGAAGUUGAUGAUGGAAAUGAAAGAGAAGAAGUAUAAAUGAAGUAGGAAUGAAGGACGCUGGAGUAACGGAAGUGUUACUGUAAGUGUAGUCUGCCCAGGAAGUGGGGGAGCGGGAGAAUGCCCUUUGCCUUCAGCCAGUGGUGCGGGGGAAGAGAUAUGGUAUAGCAGGAAAGACGGACAGAGACCGAUGGUGCAGGUGGGAAAGACAGACAGACACUGAGAGACGGAGGAAGACAAAACACUACAAGAGGAACAGUGAGAUAGACGGACAGAUGGACACUGUGAGAGAAGAAAGAAAUAGAACAAGUGAGAGAUAGAGGGACAGAAUGAGCACCUACAGGGAGGACAAAGAGAAUAUCCGCUGAGUACGGGAGAGGACGGGGAGUGGAUCCAGGAGACACAGACACCAAUGGUCACCAUGGGAGUCAAGAUCAGGGCAGCUGUUGCCAUCGUGAUUAUACUGGUCUUCCUUGGCUCGCUGUGGCUCCAGGGAGGCCUGGAGAAUCAGUGGCGUUCCUGUUUUAAAAGCUAUUCUCCAAAACUUGAGCCUUCUAUUAUAACUAUCCUUAACAACAGCGGCAGUGAGGAAGACAUGGAUAGUGCCCCCCUGAGUGAGUGUCCUGGUCAAGAUUUCCAGAUAUCACGGCUGCUGUCCCAUCUCCAGUCCGCCCCAGCAGCUGGCUCGGAUGUGCUGCUUCCGCCUUAUCUCUCCAGCUGGGAUGAACUCAUCAAGUUCAUGGACGCCCUGGGCCCGAUGGUAGGCCUAAUCUCCCAGGAGAUUGAGGGCAAAACCUCCAUCAUUCGCGAGCUGGCCAGACUGGAUGCUGAGAGGGGGAAGGAGGGAGCAAAAGAAGAUGAUAGGAGGAAAGGAACAGAGCUCCUGCACACAGACAGGCAGACAGACUGGGACGCCGAAGUUGUCCAGGGGAGACAGCGACCGCAGAGUAAGGACACAGACCUGGACAAUCACAGACAGCUGGUGACCUUUCCCGAUUUUGGCGAAUCCUACCUCUCUGUCCGCUCCAUGAUAAGGGAGGAGCUGAGACGGGGCUCGGUGAACUUUGAGCGCCAGAACGACUCUGGCUGCCGCACGCUGUUGAGGCUGCACCGCGCCCUGCUGUGGCUGCAGCUCUUCCUGAAGAAGCUGGGGGAGAAACCCGCCAACGGGGGGCGCCUGAGGAGCCCCUCCGAGUUGUGCCGCGAGGCCUAUGAGCAGACCCUGGCGCAGCACCACUCCUGGCUGGUUCGCCGGGCGGCAGAGCUGGCGUUUAUCGCCAUGCCCGACCGCAGAUUUUUCCUCAGGCUGGUGUGCGUGCAGAAUCAGGAGGAGGCGGCACACGUACUGAACAGGGUGGUCAGGGCCAUUGGGGAGGUGUACCGGAGGACACAGGUGGCGCUGGAAGAACAUGGCAUGUUGGACUUGCCUUAGUA